UUGAUCUGGCUGUAGGCUGUGGCACUCGGCCAGAGGUGGCGCUGGUUGAUUCGAGUCCAUGUUAGUGCACACAAAGUAAACUGCACGCUUUAGUUUUGAGCAUAAAACGCUGAAACCGGAGAAAUAAAACGUGCGAGGGGAACGAUAACGACGGCAAGAGUCUCCCGAUCAUUUAUUCUCGCUGUCCUGUGAACAACACCGGCGUGGUGUUAAUUGUUUGCUGUUUUCGCGAUCGUGUCGAGCAUGAGGCUAUCACCAGCUCCUGAAACGCAAGUCUGCCGCACAUCUGUUCGACCAACGCCAGUUGAUCUAAACGCCAGUUGAUCUGGAACACCGUCCUCCUCUCCUCCUCGCAGCGCAGGCUUGCCGCUGCUAAAACUAAACAGAGCUCGCUGAAAGACACAGCCAAUCACUUUGGCCAUAUUUGUCACAUGAGAGUGCAGUACGACCACUAUAAAUACCACCCUUUGACAGAGAUCACUAGCUGGAUGGAACAGAUGGUAAAGGAUCACCCUGACGUUGUAACCGUGGUGAAAUAUGGAAAGACCUAUGAAAGCAGGGAUAUUAGCUUGCUCAAGAUUGGCCUGAAUACUGGAAAGGAAAAGAAAGCUAUCUGGGUGGAGUGUGGAAUACAUGCCAGAGAAUGGAUCGCUCCAGCCUUCUGCCAGUACUUUGUUAGAGAGAUUCUGCAGACAUACAAAACAGAUGCCAAAAUGGAAGAGAUGAUGAAGAACGUGGACUUCUACGUCACUCCAGUGCUCAAUAUAGACGGCUACAUCUACACAUGGGAAAAUGAGACAACUCGACUGUGGAGGAAGAACAGGUCACCAGGUCCCAAAAACUGCAGCUGCUAUGGCACCGAUCUAAACCGCAACUUUGAUGCCAGCUGGGGAACCAUUGGGGUUUCAUUUAACUGCUGCUCAAAAUUCUACCCUGGAAGCAAAGCUAUGUCUGAGCUCGAGAUCAAGGCUGUAACUGACUUCGUAGGAAGCCGAAAGGACAGCUUCCUGUGUUUCCUCAGCAUCCACUCCUAUGGCCAGAUGCUCCUGAUUCCCUAUGGACACCCCAACUACACCGCCCCCAACUAUGAUGAGCUGAUGAUGGUUGGUCAGGGAGCAACAGAAGCAAUGUGGAAGGUUCACCAAACAAACUACACUGUAGGAACCCCGCCCGAUGUACUAUACCCCAUAAGUGGUUCAGCCACUGACUGGGCUCGGAUGCAGGGGAUCCCUUUAACCUACACCUUUGAGCUGAGAGACAAUGGGACAUACAGGUUUGAGCUUCCUGAGGAUCAGAUCCAGCCUACGUGCGAGGAGGCCUACAGAGGAGUUUUGUACAUCAUCACCUACACCCACGACAAGACGUUUAACGGUGCUGUAGCCAACACUGCUGUGACCCUUUCAGGCAUACUGUUAGCAGCAGGUGUCACUGGAGCCACCCUGAGAUGAGAGCUGUUUGAUUUCAGUCAUUCUGCAAUUUGUGGCACUCAUAUUUAGUUCUUCAAGUAAUUUUUCAGAAAUAGAGUUUUAAAGUUUCAUUGCUUUCUAAAAAAGUGCAGUUGAUGUACAACUCUUUGUGCUCAAAAGUUCUUAUAAUCCAUGAAGUGUACUUGCAGAGCAUCUCCUCAGCCACUGUGCUUUUUCACAUAGUUUAAAGAAAAUGAUUGGAAGUUGUAGCAGUUUUAAUGAGUCGCCAAUACUUGGUGAGUUGAAAUAUUCCCAAGACUAUCAGGACUUUUUUGUGUCUAAGUGUUUUGAAUGCCUUAUAUAAAAAUAAUGUAAAAGAAACGACAUAAAACUUUAUUAUUUAACAACACUGAUAUUUACAUGAUAUUUUCAGACAACAGAGGAACAUUUGAGACAACAACAGUGUGCCUGUAAUUAUUCUUGUUGAUGGAUAUUGUUUUAUAAAAUAACAUAUAGAAGAUAUGGAAUUAAUCUAUGUAUAUUAAAAGGCUCCAAGCUCUUUCUGUCUCCUUCA